UGGCAUUUGCAUGCUUCUUUUCCUCUUGGCGGAAAACACAUUCUGUUGCGAGGCGGGCCCUGAAGUUCGCCACUGAAGUAUGAAGGAGCGAAACCGACUGAGGGACCCGCUCGCAGUCCAAAAAUUCGAAUUGCAGAUCAUCGACAACCACCCCUUAAAUGCGGGCGGUGUGGGUGGGAGCUUGAGACCAGACGGUGGCGGGAUGCAAGCAUCGUUCACGACAAGCCGAGGCUAUCGAAGCAUUGCCGUGGUCCCCACAACCAUGUUUCUUUUCCUCUUGGCGGAAAGCACAUUCUGUUGCGAGGCGGGCCCUGAGGUUCGCCACUGGAGCAUGAAAGAGCGAGACCGACUGAGGGACCCGCUCGCAGUCCAAAAAUUCGAAUUGCAGAUCAUCGACAACCACCCCGAAAGCCCUGCGCGCUGAAGCUUGAGACCAGACGGUGGCGGGAUGCAAGCAUCGUUCACGACAAGCCGAGGCUAUCGAA